CUAUAGUUAUGAACGUCGUACGUUGUGUCGCGUGUGCCUUCUUGGUUAUAAGUAUUCUGGAUGUUGCGAGGGCUAGAGAUUUUAAUACCAUUUUUGACAACCUUCCGUCCGAUAUUGGGCACGCCAUUAGUUCUGCUUGGAAAGGAGUUUUAAAGGCAAUUAAAGCACCAAUGAGGCCACGAAAAUUUAGAAGGGGGAAAAAGAAAAAGGUUACAACAACAACAGUCACGGAGUUUUCCGAACCUACGACCACGUUGACAACGACGGUUUCAACGGUUCCACCCAAACGACCGACUAUACCAUUUAUCACUCGACCUGAUUGGACGUCUUUCCUUGAUUGGCGACUAUUACAAAAUCCUAACUUAGUAAAAUUAGCACGGCAGUAUCACAGAGGUCCACCGUACAAUGGGAGAAAAAUAGAAUCGUACGAAGUCACCACUCUUAAGCUAUCCACCAACGAGGAAGAGGUUUUCGAAUAUAAUACAAUAUUAAAGAAGGUCACAAAAGGACAAAGGAAAAUUAUUAAUAUACCAGUUAUACCGACGCCGCAAUACAAAUAUGACUAUCUCAGGAGAUUUAAAUUCAGAAAUGAUGCUUACACAAUAAAUUCACAUUCCAAAGUCGCUUCAAGCCCGGAAAGCCAAAAGUCGUCUACGAAACUAGAGACAACGACAGAAGAUGUGUCAUCUUUAUUAAAACAGUUUAGAUUUGGAAAAUAUCGAUUAAAAAUUUUCUAUAAAAUCACGCUUCAGUGAAAAAUCUAUUUGAGUGAUUUAAUUCAAUGCAUGUUUUGUUUGAUUUUUAUUUUUGCAUUAAACAUAAAAUGAAAGUAAUAUUCAUGUUUAAAAUGAUUUCAAAGAUAAAAAUCGUAUUCGUAAUCGUAUUACCUACCUACCAUUCGUCAGAUUGCAGUUGUAUACUGAGACUAUUAAUA